AUGCUGCAUCCUCGUAUCAUUAAGCAAAAAAAGAAGGCACCAAAGUCUACACGUUCCUUUGCAACACAACGCUCACAACGCCUAAAAGCAUUCACAGCAGAAGAUCUCAAUAGUCUUGCAAACAAGAUUAAAAAAUACUUUAAAUGGAGCCAUAUGCCGCGCGACUUCCAACUUGAAGCAAUCAAAGCACAACUGCAGAAUUGUGAUGUACUUAUUCAUGCUGGGACGGGCAGUGGAAAAACCUUUAUUGCCGCAGGCCCACAUGCUCAUGAAAAAACAGAGGGAAUGGUAACAAUAAUGGUGUCUCCAUUAAUUGCUCUUCAAGACGAGCAGAUACUUACAAACAGCUAUAGGCAGAAAAUUUCACAAAGGAAUACGGACUCUCUGCAAUCGCAAUCAAUAGCGCUCAUGGAGGGUGCACAGUGGAAGUUAUGA